UAAUUCUGGAUGUCAGAACAUGGUGGAACUCUCUUUUCUUGAUGGUGGAGUAGUACCAGGCCAUCCAGGCAGCAUCACUUGACCAACGACUCAGGAAGCCAAUGGAGAAAGACAAACUGGAAAGACUCACAGAUGACGACUUCCAGAAAGUAGAGGAUUUUGUUAAAAUCAUGAAGCUGUUGUACACCUCAACCCUCUGUGUAUCCAGUGAGAAGUCACCCACAUGCGGCCAAAUUCUCCCCAUACUGACUAAGCUGGAGGAGCAUUUCACCGUGGCUGAACAGGACACAGUGUUUAUCAAUGCUUUGAAAGAGAAAGUCUGGGGAGAUCAGGAGAAAUUAUAUCAGGAUGAAGACAUUAAGAACUUCCUCCAGGAGGCCACUUUGAUGGACCCUCGCUUCAAAGGCAAACUUGGAUGUGCUGUUGCUGCUGAUGCUUGGGGCCGGUUGGAGAAAGCAGCAGUUUGCAAUGUAACAGAACAGCUUCCAAUGGAGGUCCUUCAGGAUCACAACAUUGAGGAAGAUAGAUUGGAUGACCAUCAGGAGGACAAGUCACUGAAGGCAGAGGAACAUUCUCCAUGUCACGAGAAGUGUGCCAAGAAGUCAGCCCUAGAAGAGCUGUUUGAGGAUGAGGACCGAGAGUUACUUCAGGCAACAACCUCUAAAAGUGGUGCCAUCUCCAUAGCUGAACAGGCCCAUAAAGAGAUUGAGAUCUACAAAGGUCUACCUUCAGUCUCAUCAGGACAAGACCCUGUAGCUUGGUGGUGGGGGAAGCGGGACAGUCUUCCCAUAUUGUCUGCACUUUCAAACACAUACCUGUGUGUGCAGGCCUCAUCGGCAACCAUCUGAGAGAGUUUUCUCCUGUGCAGGACAUGCAAUAAGUCAGGGGAGGUGUCGUAUU